AUGAAGAGCAGCGACGCGCGCACCCGAGUGGAGAGGAAGACGGUGGAGAAGAACCGGAGGAUACACAUGAAGAACUUAUGCUUCAAGUUAUCCUCCCUCAUCCCAAAAAGCGGCAUCUCCAAGGUAUGGUUUCUCUAAAAAGCUCGUCUUCCGACGAGAAGCAUCGGUUCUCUGAAUCCCGGGGAGAUUACCAUGAAAUCUGCUUUCCGCUUAGUUGCCCUCUCUUGGGCACCAGGGGAUCGAGAUGGGGGACACACCCAUCUUCUUCCGGCCGAUGGCCUCUUCGCCAACGCGCCACCAGGGCCCCGGGUGAAGAAAAGUUUCCCGGAGGGUCGCCGGAGCCGGAUGAGUCUCUUCCCUCCACCGGCUCCUUUCCUCCAACGGGUCCCGGACGGGGAAUCAGCGCAAGGGAUUCCCCUCUUCCGCGAGACUUUGUCAACGUGCUCGAGAGAUAAGCUUUUGGUGGUUCAAUAUCUACGCUAUAAAAUAUAAAUAUUUUCGUAGGUUUCUGUCAAUACGUGUUAUUAUAUUCGAGGGAAUCCCACGUGAUGAAUUUGGUCUGAGAGAAGGUUAUAGAAGAUCUCUUGGACAGUAGUUCUGCUUUCACCAUCUGUGGUUAAAUGAGACGACUGCAACGGAACCCGCUCGGUGCGUUAAUGGACUUUGUUUUUUAAGUGUUUCUCUUCAGGAGGUAUUCUUUGUCUGGUUCCGAGGCCAGGGAACUCGAGCACUUCUGGCCAGUCGGCGGCAGAAUGACGAGCGUUUGGGAGCGCCCCCAUGGGAUUCUUGAUGGCCUCCCGCCUCCUGUGGCCCGACGAGAACAAACAGUGUCGCUUUGUAGAUGCUGAACUUGGAAAAACUGGUUUCUACGGAGAAACCAUUUUCCGUUCGGAAAUCUCGUUCGAGAUUGAGAGAGAGAGAGAGAGAGAGAGAGAGAGAGAGAGAGAGAGAGAGAGAGAGAGAGAGGCAGAGGGACCGUCGAAAGAGUGGGCUACACUGCAGAAUAGACGGGAAGGAUGGAGAGAGGAGGCUUUAAGAGAGAAGCAGGAGAGUGACCUCCGUCUGUGGCCAACCCUCAAGAUCCAGAAGUAGACGAGAAGAGGGAGUGACUAGAGAGUGGAAAUUAUUGAGGGAUAUCACAAUCUCUCUUUCUCUCUUUCUCUAUCUAUCUAUCUAUCUCUAUGUUGUUGGUCUUCAAUGGGUGUUGCCUUCCUACUCACCAAGUACUUCAACAGUGCAAUUCAAUAAAGCCUCCAUCCCCCCCUCACCCCUCUCUAACUCGCCUGCUCAUCUGUCUCAGGACUCGCUGACCCAGCAAGAUCAUCUGGACCAAGCGGCCGCCUACAUCAAGACCCUUAGAGAGCGUAUCGACCGUUUAAAGCAGAAGAAGGAGCUCACCGUUGACAGAGCCGCUGAGGGCGGCGCCGCCACCCCCGACAAGUCCGGCGCCGCUCCUGAGCUGAUGAUCGGCCUCCGGCUGCCACUGGUAGAGAUCCGUGCCCUGGAGUCAACGCUGGAAGUGGUCCUCAUCUGCGGGCCUGACAGGAGGUCCCUCUUCUACGAGGUUAUCGGGGUUCUGGAGGAAGAGGGAGCAGACGUGGUCAACGCCAGCUUCUCCAGUGUCAACGAGAAGACCUUCUACACAAUCCACGCUCAAGUAAACCUAACCCUCCCCUCCUCACUCUCUUAGAAGCUGGAAUCUGGUUCUCUCUGGUGCUGUUAUUCUCAUCUUCCUCCCUCUGCAGGUGCGUUGUCCUCGGAUUGGCCUGGAGGCUUCGCGACUAUCAGAGAGGCUGAAGCGGCUGGUCAGCCAUGAUUAG